AUGUUUUUUGUCCUUAGCUCUCUUAUUAGAUCUGCUCCAACAUAUACUGUUGAUGGUAAAACAUUGACCAUUAACGGUGAUGGCAUAAUCGAGCAAAGUGAUGUCCAGAAAAACAUUCCCGCAGAUUGCGAAAAAGUUAUCAUUCAAGGUGAUAUUUCCGAAAUCGGAAAUUAUGCCUUCAACAGCUCAAACUCUCUUGUUACAGUCGAAAUUACCGCCCCAAUUAUCAGAAUUGGAAACGGUUCUUUCUUCCACUGUAAUAAGUUAGUCAAUUUCACCAACCCACCAACAUGCCAAUAUGUUGGCGACCAGGCAUUCAGAUUUUGCUACUCAUUAGUCACCUUCACAUCCACAAAAACAACAUAUUACUACGGUAAAUACUGUUUUGAUUCAGAUGAAGCCCUCCAAAGGUUCGAUGUCUUCGAACAUCCAGAUGCAAAAGACCCAACAGAAACCGUUCGGAUCGGCUACAAUUGCUUCAAUGGCUGCAAGCAUUUGAUCGAAUUAUUCUUACCACCUACCCUCACAGAAAUUGGCGACAGGGCCUUCUACAACUGCGAAGGUAUCGUUAACGCCUCAAUUCCUCUUACAAUUAAGAAGAUUGGGGAGUUUGCAUUCUUCAAUUGCAAAGGACUUAUAUAUCUCGAGUUCCCAGCCGUCGCGGAAAUGGGAAAGGAUGCUUUCGCUUCAUGUGAGCGCCUUACAAACAUCUCAUUUGGCGCAAGCUUGACAGUGUUAGAACAAUACGUCUUUUCAGACUGCCCGAACCUCCAGUAUGUCGAUGGAAUCAAAAAUGUUAACCAGAUCAAAGAAGGUGUCUUCAAAGACUGUGAUGCUUUGACAGAUUUCAUUGUUCCAGAUGGAGUUUCAGUUAUCUCAGGCAAAUCAUUCACAAAGUCCGCUAUUACCACAAUUACAUUUCCACCAUCUAUAAAAAUGAUUAGCGCAAACGCUUUCUCAUCUUGCGGCAAAUUACAAACAAUCAAGUUCUCCGGUGACAACAACAUCGAAAACAUUGCUGACUUUGCAUUCAAAGACUGUGUUAACCUUACAUCAUUUGAUUUCGGAUCUAAACUUACUAAGAUCGGAAAAUUAGCUUUUACAAACACAGCUUUGAAGUCAGUUACCAUUGCAGCAAGUGUUACAUCAAUUGAUUCCACAGCAUUCUCAGAUAUCAGCACUAUUUCUGAGAUCAAAGUUGACGCAAGCAAUCAAUAUUACGUCAAUGGUGCCUGUGGAGCUGUUUACAGCAAAGACAAGACUUCACUCUGCUGGUUCAUCCCAACAUACACUGGAGAAUUCAAGUACGAACAAGAGUUGACAACAAUCAAGCAAUACGCAUUCUCUGGUGCAACAAUUUCAGAAGUUUCCAUUCCAGAGUCAGUUACAACAAUUGAAAAAGAUGCAUUUGCAUCAUCUUUGAUCCAAACAAUCAAAGUUCCAGGCAAAUUCAAAGAAAUUCCAGAAUACUUCGCUAUCAAGUCUGAAAACUUAGUCAACUUAGUUCUUAACGAAGGAAUCACAACAAUUGGAAACAGCUCAUUUGCUGAUUGCACAAAAUUAGUUGAAGUUAAACUUCCAAAUUCAUUGGAGAAACUUUCUCAUUAUUCAUUCAGAGGCUGCACAUCUCUCAAGGAAAUCAACUUAGAGAAUGUUAGUAGAUUAGGAUUAUCAGUUUUCGGUGGAUGCACUUCAUUAGAGAGAGUCAGUAUUCCAUCUGCAAUCAGAAGAUUAUCUAACUAUUUGUUCAGUGGAUGCACAUCACUUUAUGAAGUCACAUUAAAUGAUAUGAUCACAUCAAUUGGAGCUGGAUGCUUCCAACAAUGCACUGCACUUAAGAGUAUCACAUUACCAAAGUCUCUUAAGAGAAUUAACAAACAAGCAUUCACUCAGUCUUCAAUCCAGAACUUGAUCAUUCCAGAAAAUGUUUCUAGAAUUGUUGGUGAAGCUUUCUUGAACAUGCCAGAGUUGGAAACAAUUGUUUUCAAUGGAGUUAUCAACUCAAUUGAAGAAUUCCCAUUCGCUUACUGUCCUAAAUUACACGCCAUCACAUUCUUUAACAAUAUCCAAAAUGUCUCAGAUUACUUCCUUGGUGAUGACGUCGAAGCAUUAAGAGAUUUCAGAUAUUGCGGCACUCAAGAAGUCAAGGGUGAUUUCUUAAACAAGUACGCUGGAACACAAGGUUUCGUUGCUUCUGUUGGUGAUUACUACAAACACGGAACAAUCGGAGGAAUCACUGCACACGUAACAACACUUUGCCAUGCUCCAUACGUUCCAACACCUGCUCCAACACAGGAACCAACUGCAACUCCAAAACCAGACAACCAUAAGAAGAAUCUCAUACUAAUCUUGUCAUUAGUAAUAAUCGGAACAAUCAUCCUCACUGCUCUGAUUGUCACAUUCGUUGUCAGAUGCGUAAUGAAGAAGACUGGAUGGAAGAAGAAUGAGACAUUAACAGAGUCCCUUCUUACACAAACAGUAUAA